AGCUGCUUACUCCUUACUCCACCGUCCGUCAAUCGAUCAAGCUUGGUCAACACCACCACCAGUAGAAGACAGGCAAAGCAACAUGUCGCCUCGAGCAGGGCCCCUGGGCCGUCUCUCGGCCUUCGUCUGGGAGUGGACACCCAUCAUCAUGCUCUCGUCGUACAUCUGCGGCUCCAUCUUUCUCUACAUUCUCUUUCCCCCAAUCGUCCACGAGGUCAUCUGGUACAUCUUUGCCGGCCUGCAGACGCUCACUUCGCUCUCCGUCUCGACCGAGGCCAUGCAGUCGAUCCGUCCGAGCAUCAAGGCGCGCCGGGAGAUGCGCAAGGCCGAAAAGGAGGGUUGGGAAAAGGAGGACAUUGCCUGGCCCCACAUCGACGUUGUCCUCGUCGCCUACUUGCCAAACGAACAGGAGAUCAUCAUGCGCCAGGUCCGCUAUGCCCUGACCAAGAUCGACUACCCACACGACAAGCUCACCGUCAACGUCGCCUACAACACCCCGCGGCCCAUCGAGCCCGUCGAGACGGAGCUCCGCGAGCUCGAAAACCACCACUCAAACGUGCGGGUCAUUUCGGUGCCCAACUCGACCUCCAAGGCCGACAAUAUCAACUACUUCCUCACCCUGCCCAACUGCAAGGGCGAAAUAGUUACACUGUACGACACCGACCACUUUGCGGAACCCCAGGCACUUCGCUGGGUGGCCAAGCGUUUCAUGACGGGCGAGGUGGACAUUAUCCAGGGACGGUGCUGCAUCUACAACUACGACCAGACGUGGAUCACCCGGCUUAUCGCCGCAGAGUUUGACAUGAUCUACGGCGUCAUGCACUCGGGCCGGGCCGAGGUCCAGGGCUACGGCUUCUUUGGCGGUUCAAAUGGUCACUGGAAUGCCAGUCUGCUGCGAACGCUUGGCAUGCAGAAGCACAUGCUGACUGAAGACAUCGACUCGUCGAUGCGUGCCAUCAUUUCGGGCGCCCGAAUCGAGUACGAUCUCCGCGUGCUCUCGUACGAGCUCGCUCCCGAGACGCUCCCGGCAUUCACCAAGCAGCGCCUCCGCUGGGCACAGGGCUGGACCCAGGUAGCCCUCCGACACUUUACCCCAGCCUUCAAGCGGGGCGCCUACAGCGACGGCAAUGGCUGGCGCUCGCGCCUGGGUUUGCUCCAGCUGCUCAUCUACCGUGAAGUCUACUUCUACGUAAACACCCAGCUGCUCUUCAUCCUCAUCUCGGGCAUCCUCACCACGCUGCCCACGCGCGGCAUCGACGUCUUCUUCAAGAACUUUGGUGGCUUCGCCCUCGCCAUGUGGGCCCUCGGCAUCAACCUCAUCUGCCUCUUUGUCACGGCCAGCAUCACCAUGCGCAACCACUCUCACUUUACCCGCCCGCUCGGCAUCAUCGCCUUCAGUCUGCUCACGCCCUUUUACUACUCGUACGUUAGCCUCAUGGCCAUCUUCUGCCAUUUCAGGCAGUUCACCCGCUUCCAGAAGUGGAACCCCACGGCGAGAAGGAACAAGUAGCAGUGGUAGUGAUGUAAUUGAGAUGAGACGAGAAAUCUAUAGAGUU